AUGAAUUGCGACGCUGCCGACGGUGUCGAUGAUAGCGACGAUGGCGACGAUGGCGAUGAUGCCGCAGAUGGCGACGAUGCCAGAGAUGCCCAAGAUGCCCAAGAUGUCCAAGAUGCGGAAGAUGGCGACGAUGCCGAGGAUGCGGAAGAUGGCGACGAUUGCGACGAUGCCGACAAUGCCGACGAUGGCGACGAUGCAGACAAUAUUGACAAUGGCGAAGUUGGCGACGAUGCCGAAGAUGGCGACGAUAGAAAUUUUUCAACUUGCUCAAUUAUUUCCACCGUUGCGCUGCCGGAGCGAGCAACGGGACUACAACGGCAGUUCUCCGGUAUGGCUUCGUUAAUGUCGGUAGAGCAUCGGCGGCUCUUCCAUGGCCUAAAUGUGUACCGCACUGGUAUCGAUGUGAUACCGUAG